CAGCCUCUGCAAAUCACACACGCUCAGGAACACCUUAUCCGUUUAAUUCCGCCUUCUGGUUCGAGCGGAGCCGAGCCCCGACCAAGGAAGGAAGGAGCCAGCCAGCAGCAAUGGCUCCCUCCACCUCCGCCUCGCCGCUCUCCCGCCUCCUCCUCACCUUCCCGAAGCCCAACGCCAACGCCAAGCCGCCCCGCUCCCCUCGUCAAGCCGCGACCACGGACUCCGCCGCCGCCGGCCCGGUCGCGAGCAAGAGCUCCUCCGCGGGUCUCGUCCUCCGCCGGCGCGACGCCGCGGCUGCCGUGCUGUCCGCCGCCGCCGUCUUCUCCCGCGUCCUCCCCGCAGCGGCCGCCGAUGGAGGAGACGCCUCAGGCGAGUGCGCGCUGGAGGCGACCCCCUCCGGCCUCGCCUUCUGCGACCGCGUCGUCGGCACCGGCGCCGCCGCCGUCAAAGGCCAGCUCAUCAAGGCGCAUUACAGGGGGAUGCUGGAGGACGGGACGGUGUUCGACAGCAGCUACGGGCGGGGGCGGCCGCUGACGAUCAUGGUGGGGGUGGGGGAGGUGAUCAGGGGCUGGGACCUCUGCAUCGCCGGCGGCGAAGGGAUCCCGCCGAUGCGGGUCGGCGGGAAGCGCUCGCUGCGGCUGCCGCCGGAGCUGGCCUACGGGGAGAAGGGCGCGGGUUGCAGGGGCUGGGAGCCCACCUCCUGCGUCAUCCCGCCCAACUCCACGCUCCUCUUCGACGUCGAGUACGUCGGCAGAGCUUCCUCCUGAAUUCCUGAUCCAUCCUAUGUGCAUCUGAAGGAUCGAUCAAUGGUGGCUGCUGAAGAUAAAGACACCAUGAGUACAGUAUUGUGCGUCAGUGAAAUUUAGAGCUCGUUAGAGACAAAAACGAUUUGUAAAACAAACUCCGAAUACAAUGAAAAUAGAGUGACAUGUGCUAAAAUUGCACUUUUUUUAGUGCCA